GGCCGACUCCCUGAGAAUCCCAAAGAUGGCUUACCAGCAUCAUGGUGUGUGUGGGGGUGCCCCACAUCGGUUGUUAGGUACAUAUACACGCACCAAUGGCCGGCUGCAAGCAUCGGUUUAUGUGGGGCAACCCAACUCCAACGUUAGCGAUUCUCCGUGUUUUCAUAAAGCUACUGGAAUCGAGAUAGCAAGUACCCACUUUCUUGAUCAGCACUUCUCCUUCGCUAUCUCAAUCAUUACCUUCAAAAACAACCGUUACACUCACACAAUGGCGUCCGACGAAACCACCACCACCAUGCCCCCCAACACCCUCCGCAACCCCGUCACGCACAUAACGACGCACACCUCCUCUGGCGUGUCGACACUGGGCUCCAGCAACGCUUCGGUGUGGACGACUCCGAUCGGGCCGGAAGGGCGCUUCUCUUUGCUAUACACGACGCCAUUGCCGAUCAGCAAUCCGGCGACCUCGGCACUCGCACCGGCCUCGGCGGACUCGGGUACGCUCGUGAACGCGGGAGGCGCGCUUUUGCGCUACGUCGACUUCGUGCCGGGCUACGAGUGCGGCAUGCACCGGACGAACUCGGUGGACUUUGGGAUCCUGGUCGAGGGCGAGCUCACGGCCAUCAUGGAUGAUGGCUCCGAGGCGAAGUUGGCGAGGGGUGAUGUAAUUGUCCAGAGAGGCACUAUGCAUGCUUGGAGGAACGACGGCGUGGGUUGGGCGAGGAUCGCGUUUGUUCUACUGGCCUCCGACCCGGUAGAGGUCGGCGGAGAGGUGCUCGAGCCGAGGUUUUUGAAUGAUCAGGAACUUAGGGAGCUUAAGGAGGGGUGGGCGAAGAAGAGGGCGGAGAGGGAGGCGGUUUAGAUUGUUGUAUUUAGGAAUUGAAGUCGAUGCCAUUGGCUGCGCUGUUGUCUGCUUCCCGUGGCUCGUGUACGUUCAUGUCAAGUAGAUCCUCAUAGUAUAUCAUUCCGUGCACUUUGAAAUCGUGUAGAUCUUGGCAUUCGUGAUAUGUGCAUUCGGAAUUGCCACACUGAGUCAGUG